GGCUGAAAAAUUAAUAACGUCAUGUUGCACUUGCAACAUGACGUCAUCUCUCUGCUGACGGCAGCAUAGGCUGACGAGCUGUGCUGCCAGGAGAAAGCAAGUGCAGAGAUGCCAAGCCGUCAGCAGAAGCCAUAAAUGACGCAUUUAGACACUGGUAGUGGCGCAUGUAAACAAAUCACGUGCCACAUUUUUACUAAGUACUGCAGAUAAAUGAAAAUUCGACACUGUAUAGACGCUUUUCACGUUAUUUUAUUUUCAUAAUUAUUUAUCAAUGUAAGAAGACUAAAUAUUACCAUUGCAUAUUAUAUGCAAAUAUUUUGAUAAUAUACCUAACUAUUAAAAUAUUGUAUUAAUAAAGGACAUGAAUAUGAGACGAUAUAUUUGUUUACAAAGCCACAUUUGUAGACAGUCAGCCACUGCUGACAUUUCUCAUCAGCCGAAUGUGUACAACUCCAUCAGCCAGAAACGGUGGGUGGAGCCUAUUUCGGCUGACAAAAGCACACCAGCUGAAUGUGUACAGGCCUGAAAUAGGAAAGAGUCAUAACUCAUACGUUAUCUUUUUGCAAUACAACUGCAUUCGGGGCAUACUGAUUUGCUUCAAAAUGUAAAUACAGACCAAGUUUGACACGCUGAACAAGCACUCAGUCUCAGAAGUCCCGUAUUCUAAGCGAAAACCGAGGAAACCGCCAACUGCAUUAUUGCAUUACAGAGGGAAGAGUCCGGUCACCAGAGAACCCACAAUUGAAGUUUUCUGCGGUGACCACAGCUGACUGCACCUGAAACGAGCAACUACUUUGGCAGCAAGUCUUACACAAGGAAAGUCUUUUGUGACUACUUGUCUCACAUCUGUCGCCGUUCCCUAACACGAUCACAGAUGCGGGUCGGAAUAUCAUUUAUCUACUUGCCGAUGGCGUUAAUCGAGAGAAGGUUGACCUUUAGCUCAGAUGCGAUGACGUAUGAUCGAAGGCCUUUGGGAAAAUCGCGUUACUCGUGUUAGGCUGAGACGAAGAUGGCUGACGACUUCAACUUUCCGCGUCUAAGCAAGUAAUAUAUAAUUGCAAAAACGGAGAACCGAAUAGUAAGACGCAACUAAAAUUAUUCUACUUUUUUGAGUGAGGAAUGUGUAGCUGCAAUACAGAAAUUGUAAAAAAGGAACUCGCAUAAGAAAUUGACGUAAAUAGAAAUACUGUUCUCAGGACAUCACCGAGUGUUGUAGAGAAGGGUUGGACAUGAACAAUGAUGCCGAGACUGCAAAAAGUGAUGAUGCAUCAACAGCUGAAAGACUGUCCGCAGUGGACAUUUGGUUGAAAGUUAUCGGGGAAGAGCUGCUGGUGUCCAAAACUGAGGAUUCAUCAUUCGAGGACCGCUCGAACCCGUCGGGCUCAAUGUUCAGUUUACCAUGGAGCGCGAUACAACUACAUACAAGCUGUCGGUGCCGGUGGAAGGUGCGAGUGCACUUCUCAGCCGGGUCACAUCUCGGCCAAGGUUCUCACUAAUGACUGACGCGCCCCUUCCUCUAGAAAAAAUAAUAUUCCGACUCAUCUACCGGCUCUAGCGCCGCCCAGUGCCCGAUGACUAACGCCGGCACCUGGGAGUGGACGUGCCCCGGCCCGAGCCCUGGCGAACGGGAGGAGACGCGACGGCUCCUCCUCCUUCGGGCAGGGGGCGGCGCCAGGACGGCCCCACCGGUCAGCCGUAUAAGAACACGGCUCGGACAGUGUCCACAACAGUCAGUCGUCGACAGACAGUGAGAGACCAGUGGUCAGAGCGGAACGAGAGAGACAUAACUCUGUUGGAUUGUUCCAGUGGGACGCACCUGUAAUAUCGCAACAAUGAGCUGUUCGAGCGUUUCGAAAGCACUGCGCCGGCUGGUUCUGCUGCUCGUCCUGCUCGCGAUGGCUGCCACACGGACAACAGCCGCGCCCAGGAAAAUCGACUGCAGGGUGAUGGUCUACCACCACCAGUGUCGGGGUGUAUCGGGACGCAGCAGCCGUAACCACCUGCACGGCCUGGGCCGCGCCAGGAACGCCGAGCUUAUCCGGCUGGUGGCCACGUACCUUUCUGACGCCAGCGAGUCGCGGAAGCUGAAGGCUCUGGAGCACUACCUGUCGCCGAACCGGAGGGAUGCAGUCUCCGACAGGCGGGCCGCUUCCCUGCUCCAGAGGCUGCUACCAACCGAGAGCGACUACAGCGACGAAGACUAUCUGGACGACUAAGGUCUACGGCAUGUCUAAGGCCGACAUUGACGGCGGUCCUUCCGGGACCUGCCCUCCCAGCGAAGAGAGGCUGAUUGAGGAGGAAAGACACAAAGAAGGAAGAAGCGGAGGGCUUUGGGGAGACGCAAAGACACAGGAUGUGGGGCUGCCAGCGGGCCGCGAGGUAUAGGUGGCCGCACAAGGUCGUUUUGUAGAUGUCGGCGGUCUAGUCGACCUGGCUUGAGCCAUCCGACCUGACCUGACCUGACCUGACAGGGGCGGGGUGGGCAGGGCGCAUCCGAAACCACCGGGGAAGGUACGUUGCUAGUCACGAGGCUGAUAUGCGAUAGGGACGGCCGGUGGCGGGAGCCCCGUUCGCUUUGGUCGGCAGUUGGCUGUUGGCAUUUACAGCAGAGCCCCAUGCUUUUGAGGGCAGGCUAUCAUAUUUAUCUAAUCGGUACUAUCAUGACAAUUAAGUUAUAUAUUAGUAUUUAUAGCAACUAGUGGAUAUACGCUGCCUAUGAGCUUUGUUAGUCGUUAUACUCAUGGAUAAAAUAUCUUUUUAGUUGUGCGCACUGGUUGUGUCCUGCAGUUUACCUGCCACUUAGUUUUAUACGUUCUGUUUGCGUUUCGCGAGGGUGUUGGCCGGUCCACGCCUCGUGGUUCAUAAUUAUGUUUGUCUGCACUUGAUCGUCGUAUUUAUUUCGCGGUUGGCGUUACGCUGGUGGCGCCCGGCGGUGGCGCUGACACUUGGUGGACGUUGUGUUGAUGAGAUGGUGCCUGCCAGGACCGGCCGAGAAAGUCGCUCUCACGAGGAGGAGGGAUGACUCGCUCACAGCACCUGUGUGUAUGUGCGUGUGUUAUUGAGAGUACAGGCGCGCCACAGUGGCGUGGUGCCGUACCUACCUGUGUGUUUUGUGCGUGUCUGCCGUGGAAUGACAUAUAAUACACGUGUUAGACAAGC